UUUCCGGCUGGCACUCAGCAAUCGCCAUGUAAACCUGACAGGGAAGAGACCUGUCAGCAUGGACAUGCUCAGAAAGAUACAAAACAGCAUGCCUCCCUAGUAAAACAGCACACAUUUAACCCUUUGAUUGCCCAAAAAUUAACCCCCUUCUUGCCCAGUGUCAUUAGUAUAGUGUCAGUGCUUUUUAUUAGCACUGAUCACUGUAUUAGUGUUACUGGGGAUGUCAGUGGCAGUUAGUCACGCCGCACUCCCGCAGUCCCGCUAUAA